UACCAAUAGAAAAAGGAGAAAAAUAAAGGAAAAAUCUAUGCUUUUCAUUGCUUCCCACCUCAGAAAGCAUCCAACACUUCCAAUUAACAACAGUUCGAGUACCACCACCUUGAGAUAACUACUUCUCUCCGUCCUUCUGGUUAUGUGAUUAAUCUCUGCAAGUUCUUUUUAAUGGGUAUCAAGGAAUUCAUGUUCUCUUUCCUGCUAGCUUCAAUUUUCUCCACCCUUCUCUUCAUCCCUACACUUCUAAGCGGACCCAUUUCCAGAUUCCGGCCGAUCACCACAGUUCACCUUCCAAAAUCCGGCAAACCAUAUCCUGUCACAUUUGCUUACCUGAUCUCUGCUUCAGAAGGGGAUGUCGAGAAACUAAAACGCACCCUUCUCGCCUUGUACCACCCUGGAAAUUACUACCUCCUCCACAUGGACAAUGGUGCGCCGGAGAUGGAGCAUCUGGAACUAGCUGAGUUCGUCUCCGGCAACCCGGUUUUCGCCCAAUUCGAUAAUGUUUGGAUUGUUGGGAAGCCGAAUUUGGUCACUUACAGAGGACCCACCAUGCUCGCAACUACUCUCCAUGCCAUUGCGAUGCUUCUGAGGACUUGCAAAUGGGACUGGUUUAUCAAUCUCAGUGCCUCUGACUAUCCCUUAGUCACUCAAGAUGAUCUGAUCGAUGCCUUCUCCAACUUGCCUAGAGAUCUUAAUUUCAUACAGCACAGCAGCCGCUUAGGUUGGAAACAGAGUAAGAGAGGAAAGCCAAUCAUCAUAGACCCUGGACUUUAUAGUAUGAAUAAAUCAGAGAUCUGGUGGGUUAUAAAACGGAGGACUCUUCCUACUGCCUUCAAACUGUAUACAGGUUCUGCUUGGACAAUAAUCUCUCGAUCUUUCGCAGAAUACUGUAUAGGAGGCUGGGAGAAUCUGCCAAGAACUCUUCUACUCUAUUACACUAAUUUUGUCUCAUCUCCUGAAGGAUACUUCCAAACACUGAUCUGCAACUCUGAGGACUACAAGAAUACCACAGUAAACCAUGAUUUCCAUUACAUCACAUGGGACAUCCCACCAAAACAGCACCCAAGGACUCUUGGACUGAGAGAUUACAGAAGGAUGAUUCUGAGCAAUGCUCCAUUUGCAAGAAAGUUCAAGCAAGGUGAUCCUGUGCUUAACAAGAUUGAUCGUGAGCUUCUCAGACGACAUCAUGGGCAAUUCACAUUUGGUGGUUGGUGUUCAAAGAGGGGAGACAAAUACAGCAUGUGCUCAGGUGUACAGGGUGAGAAAUUAGGAGUUCUAAAGCCUGGACCAGGUUCUAGAAGAUUAAAAUCUCUACUAACAAAAAUGCUUUCAGUGAGAAAUUAUAGUGCAAGGCAAUGUAAAUGAUUUUCUUUUUUGAAUAAAAGGCCUGUUGACACUGGUUCUGAGACACCAUUAACUAUAUUAGGGCCAACAGUUUUAAAGCCCCAAACCUGUACCUAAAAUAAUAUGUAAUUUUGUGUAUCAUCCUAUAAUCAUCAUCAUCAUCUAAGCCUUGCCCCAACUAUAUGGGGUCGGCUAAUUUUUAUGUACCACCAUUUCUGUAAAGUAAUUAAAACAGGACA